GCGGGGCGGCGCCGCGUCGCUCGCCUUCACCAGCUGCCAUGAGCGAGCGCCUCCGCCCCAGGUGAGGGAAGGGGGGAACCCGCUUUCUCCGCGGCCCCUCGGCCGAGGAUGUGCGCUCUGGAGCCGAGGGGCGGACGGAGCCGGCGGGGUGGUGGUGCGAGGCUCUGGGCUGCGCUGCUCUGCGGUCGGAGGAGGCGGAGGGGAGAAGGUGGCGCCGCCUCUGACACUUGGACCCCGUGGGCAGCCAGGGAGGCGACGCUCUGGAAUCCAGGGCUGCCCCUUCUCCGUCUUUUCCUUGUUUUCUUCGUCUUCUGCCCUUUCCGCUUCGGAAUGAGAAAAAGGAGAAGAAAUGGCAGUGAUGAUGACAACCACCCUCCUCCCCAGACCAAAAGGAGCAGUAGGAACCCCAUCUUCCAGGACUCCUGGGACACAGAGUCUUCAAGCAGCGACAGUGGUGGGAGCAGCAGCAGCAGCAGCAUCAACAGCCCAGACAGGGCCAGUGGGCCAGAGAGCAGCCUGAGCCACACCAUCCCCGGAUCCUGCCCCAGCACCCCCCAGCCGAUGCCUGAGCAGUCUGCACUAUGCCAAGGCCCUUACUUCCACAUCAACCAGACCCUGAAGGAGGCUCACUUUCAUAGCCUACAGCACCGAGGCCGGCCGCCGACAUGAUGCUCCUCCGGCAGUUUCUUGCCUUCUGUGAAGGGACAGCACUGUGCAGAUUGGAUAUUUCAACUUAAUGAUUUGUUUUUAAAAGUUGCACACAGAAAAAAAAAAAAAAUGCCUGUCGGCUUUCCGUCUGUAUUUGAGUGUGAGUGCCGGGUCAGCAGGUGCUGCUUACUCGGGGUUUUGCUGCACUGUUGCGAUUUCGGAGGGGCUUGGGAGCAGUUUUUUAGAGGAUUCUUUUAGAGGAUUCUUUUAAGAGAGGGCAUCAGAUCUACGUCGUGGCAGUGUAUGAGGAAGUCUCAUCUGACCGAUUUCCACAUCUGUCAACUAGAUGCUGUACUGUAUGUAAAGAGCCUCUUAAAAAUGCGGGAUCUUAAUUUUUUUUAAUUCAAUAAACUAGUAAAGAAUAUCUAGUUUCCAUGGGGAAAAACCCCUGUAAGUUUUCUCCCUAAAUAUAGGAAGCUUGACUCUGUUGCACUGAAGCUAACUGCCGUCCUACCUCUUAGUAUGUAGAUGUCUGUCUAUGGGAUGCUCUCCCUUGGAACAGAACAGCCGUCCACUCGGAAGACCAGGGACGUUAAGCACAUUUCCUAGUUGUGGUCUUUAUUUUACAUUUGAAUUUCCAGGGAGAAUAUCACUUCCAUAUCUUAUUUUCUUCUAGUCUGUACCCCAGACGCUAUAGAGAACAUUGCGCAGUGCUCAAGUCAAGAAAUAGCUAGUAAAUGUUAUGAACUCGUAUAUUAACAGCUUAACUGCUAGCUCCUUGCGGUGCCCAUAGCCAAGGCAGUGGUCAGUGCAGACCAAGUGCAGGCUGCCUGCUAACACCUAGGGCACCCCAGCCCUGCCGGGGGCCCACAUUCUGUCAUGGAACUGGAAAGAUUGGUGUGGUGUAGAAACAGGAGCAGAGGCACCUCUAGGAAAAACAAUGCGCUAGUAUUUAUUUAGAGAGCCUGGGCAUUGUUCCUAUGCUACUUGGUCAUACUAGAGAGCCAGGCAAGCUUGAAUAAUGAAGGUGCAGGUGAGUCGUCUUCCUCGCUUGCAAGCUGCCUGAAUAAGGAGCCAGGAUGCGUCGUCGGGUCACCUACUCUGGAGAGUGCCGGGGGGCCAACCUGCCAUAUAGAUAAAGAGGAAGUGCCUUAAGCGUGCACCCAUAGCCUCCUGCCUGUCCCCUUCACUGCACCCCACUCAGAGGCCACACAGCACAGGCGACAGCGCUGAGGAGCGGGGAUGGCUCUAGUAAGAAGGGUCUGAGAGGGACGCCUGGGCCAGAGCAGGUUACUGUGUGAUACAGCGACAGUCUGAAGGAGGCCCGUGCCAGGAAGAGAAUGAACAUGCAGUGCCUUCCAUGGCCGCCUCUGAGGGCCACAGCAUGGAAGGGCCAGCCCCGUGACGUGAGAACUACUGUCCUGAAGCCCAGAGUUCACAACGUAGGCUUCUUUUCCUUUCAGAACUGUUUUCUGGAUUUUAAAAGCGGAUGUUUGCUGAGGGUACUCAGGAUUACUGAGUUUGUUGGCAAGGGAUGUGGGGAAGGGUACUUGGCUGGAAUUGGAACAGUAAGGCAAACAGGGCUAUGAGAAGAGAAGCUGUCAAGCACACAUGGACACAACACAAUCCAGAAAUACCCAGGAGGGCUCCGGCAGGCUUAAUGCACGGUGUCCUACUGAAACAAAACAUGUAUUAAUAAAACCGUGCUGGCCGAAGCACGUUUCUCCCCAUCUCCCACCCAACUAAAGGCACAGGGGAGACAUCUGAAGACAAAGGCUCUUCCCAUGCUCUGACCAGUGUCGGGGUGCCAGUCAACAGUCAUUCGCCCUACAGGAUACAAGAGGCCAUCUCUAUCGUGUGCUGUGCGGUCUCCACAGCCUGUGGUCUGGCUCUGGGUAUAUUUCUAUUUUGAGGCUAUUUGCUCAACUGGCAUCUUUCUAUGAGCUCCAGCUAGUGAAACCCUGUACACUCUAUUGCGCCGCCAUUAAAAGCAGCCUUAGUGCAUUGCCGUA